CCAUAUGCAUAACGUCGCUAAUCUGCGAACUACCCCGUAUGUCAGAUGUACAUGGGAUCGAGCCGCACUUAUCCGAUGCACAGUGUCACGUGUAGCGCCAACUCGCUUUUCCGACCCCACGUUUUUCGGAGUCAUUCUCCGUGUGUCCACCUCCCAUCGCUAAUCGAUUGAUCUCCAUUUACAAUGGACGACAUGAGUCCACCGCAAGCCCCGUCUGAUACGGGAGCAAGCCCACAUUCAUGGAUACCUGCAAAUCGCAACAGCGAUGUUGUGGACGGCGCGUUGACCUCGGCAACGACGCCAUCGAACGCAGGUUCAAGUGAGCAGCGUUCACCGCCAGCCAAACGGCGCAGGGAAGACAGAGAGAGGACCAGGGUCAGCAGAGCGUGUGAUAGAUGCAAAAAAAAGAAGACGCGAUGCACAGGUCGUUGCCCAUGUACACUCUGUCUCCGCGCUGGCCUGUCCUGCGAGUAUACAGCGCAGUACACUCGCGGCCGACUGCCAUCAGUCAUGGUUGACGAAGCUGCCAUGUCCUCGGCUUCCAAAGCCGGCAUCACACAGCCCAAUGCAUUGCCUCUUGAAGACAAUCCACUGCGAGACUUACCGACCUUUCAGUACGCAGGACAAGGCCUCGAUGCAUCAUCAGCACACGACCGCCCGAUCUUGGAGAGAGUGAACAGACCAAAUGGCCACAAUGAGGACGCCAAUCGUGACCCACCAUCAAGAACUUCGCCAGAGCCGGCACAGGCGCAAACUGAUUCUCAGGGCCAUUACGUAGGGUCUUCCUCUGGGGUAUCGUUUCUGAUUCGCAUUCAAAAGCGACUGCAUCAGAACACCCCAACAUCACUGGACUCAUCCAUCUUCGCAUGGGGAGAUUCGCCGCUCGCUGACUUUGACCCAACAUUCUUCGUACUGCCCCCCAAGCCCGAUGCCCAGCGACUCGUAGAACGGUACUUUGACUAUGCUGCGCCAACGCACCGUUUCAUCCACCGGCCGACUAUCGAGAAGUGGGUGCACGAGUUCUACGAAACCCAGGGCGACAUGCACGCCAAGGAAGAUGCAGCAGCGAAGACUGCACUUCUGCUCAUCGUCUUCGCCCAGGCACAGGCCUACAUGCCUCCAGGCAGCACGACGCGAGAGAACAGCGCACGCUACUUCUUUGCAGCUGAACACCAGCUCUCUAAAGAACGCGGUGCGGUUCGUCUCGCUAGUGUCCAAGCACGGCUUCUGCAGUGCUUCUACCUCCUCACACAGUCGCGUAUCAACCAUUGCUGGUCUCUUUUCGGAACAACGUCGCACCUGGCUCUUGCCAUCGGGCUCAACCGCGGGCGCAGGUACGACCCUUCAGCAACCGUUGACUACGUGGAGCUGGAGAGCCGCCGACGGACGUUCUGGGUUGCGUAUUCGCUCGACAAGUACCUUUCCGCGGCACUAGGACGGCCACGCACAUUCAAGGACGAGGACAUCGACCAGGAGCUGCCGACGGUCGUGAACGACUCCGAUCUCCACCCACAGUACAUAUCGCCCUCGACUUCCAAAUCGCCGUCGCAGAUGAUGGCGCCUGUGGAGCACAUCAAGCUCACGCGCAUCGUCUCCCUUGUCCUGCGUGACCUCUACCCCAUCCGCCCACCCUCACUUGCCUUGCGCAUCGAGCUCAGCGCCAAAUACACCAAGGAUCUGGACCGCUGGCGCGAAUCCCUCGGCCCCUUCCUCGACGCCGCGGGCAUCGAGUCCUCCCUGCUCAUCCCCAUCUACCAGCGGCAGCGCGGCGUGCUCAACCUCGCGUACUACCACGCAAUGCUGCUGAUCCACCGGCCAUUCCUGCUCUCCAACUUUGCCAACCUGACGGGCAUCCGCAGCCACCCGAGCUACCGGGCGCCCGCCGACACGAGCUCGAAUAUCGCGAGCUGCUUGGACGCCGCGAUGAACAUUGUCAGGGUCGUGGAUGACGUGUUUACGUCGUCGAAUCUGUUCCGCGCCUUCUGGUUCACCCAGUACUACGCGUUCUGCGCCGUCGUCGUGCUGUACAUCUACCGCAUCCGACAGCACCUGCUCUCGCCCGGGCAGUGCGAGGCGUACUUUGCCGCGGGCCAGAAGUGCCAGCGGCAACUGGAGAGCAUCAGCGAAACGGACUGCCUGGCGCGGCGCUACUGUGUAGUGCUCGAGGAACUGCGGCUGGAAGCUGCCCGGCAGACAAACCAGCACAACCGAACCGGGUCAGGCAUCACGGACACGUCGUCGCUGGCUAUGCCUGGGGCCGGCGCUGCGGAGCACAAUCAGGCCAACCCGGCGGUGCUGGCGGUGCCGGAGGCGACGUCGCAGAACGGUGCGAGUCCGGACAUGACAGCCUCGUUCUACAACAAUGGCAACGUGCCGCAGACUCCAGACAGCACCAUGUUCAAUUCAAACUAUCUGCCGUCAAAUAUGGCGGAUCUGACGAGCUGGGGCCAGUUCGAUAGCCUGGUCACAGCAGGAAUAGGCAUCUUCGACGGGGGCUUCCAAGGCGAUCAGAACUUCGGGUUCGGGUUCAACCUGUAGGCUCUGGUCUGCCGUACACGUUAGU